GCGCUGUCGAUCCUUUUCCAGUCUCGAUACUAAACAGAUUGAGCACGACGACACGACGCUGACGAAAAAGAGGUGGAAGAAGACAACUGAAGUGCCUCGUCUUUAUUAUUUUAUAAAGAUCAGUUAAGACAAAUAAUUUCGAUGGCCGUUCAGUGUGUGUCGAAAAUCGAGCUCUCCAUCUCUUGCAAUAAUCUUCUGGAUAAAGAUGUUGGGUCCAAAUCUGAUCCACUCUGUGUUUUGCUGCAGAGUGUCGGCGAUGACAAAUGGACAGAGGUAGAACGCACCGAGAGAGUGAAGAAUUGCCAGGACCCCGAGUUCUCCACAAAACUUCACAUUGACUACUACUUUGAGAAGGUGCAGAAACUAAAGUUCGGCGUCUAUGACAUUGACAACAAGUCCGUUGACCUCAAGGAUGAUGACUUUCUGGGAGGCUUUGAAUGCACCCUUGGUCAGAUCGUAUCAAGUAGGAAGAUUACCAGACCCCUUCAGCUCAAGGCAGCAAAACCAGCUGGGAAAGGCACAAUAACGAUUACAGCAGAUGAAGUGAAGGACAACAGGGCUAUUGUAAUGGAAGUGGAGGCAAAAAACCUGGAUAAAAAGGAUCUGUUUGGGAAGUCUGAUCCAUUCUUGGAGUUUUUCAAGCAAGAAGAAGAUGGGAAAUGGCAGUUAAUUCACAGGACAGAGGUCAUCAAGAAUAAUUUGAAUCCAUCUUGGAAAAAGUUUACGGUCUCCUUGCAUACAUUCUGUGGUGGUGACCUGAACAAACCAAUCAAGGUUCAUUGUUUUGAUUAUGAUAGCGAUGGCUCUCAUGAUCUCAUUGGUGUGUUUCAAACUAAUGUGUCAGAUCUGCAGAAAGCAGUUAAUGGCUCCCCGGUCGAGUUUGACUGCAUUCAUCCAGAGAAGCAAAAGAAGAAAAAGAGUUAUAAGAACUCUGGGGUCAUCAGGAUUAAGUAUUGCAAGCUUGAAGCACAGUAUUCAUUUCUGGAUUAUGUGAUGGGAGGUUGCCAAAUUAACUUCACGGUGGGCAUUGACUUCACUGGCUCUAAUGGAGACCCCCGCUCCCCUGACUCUCUUCAUUAUAUCAGCCCUAAUGGUGUAAACCAGUAUCUGUCAGCCAUCUGGUCCGUUGGUCAGGUUGUCCAAGACUAUGACACUGAUAAACUUUUCCCAGCAUUUGGAUUUGGUGCUCAAAUACCUCCAAACUUUCAGGUAUCCCAUGAGUUCCCAUUGAACUUCAACCCCAGUAGCCCAUAUUGCCAAGGAGUGCAAGGAAUUGUGGAGGCCUAUCGUAUGUCUUUGCCUCAAGUCCGUCUCUAUGGACCUACCAACUUCUCCCCUAUUAUAAAUCAUGUGGCCCGAAUUGCAGCUGGAGCCGCCCAGCAACCAAAUGCAGCUCAAUACUUUGUGCUAUUGAUCAUCACUGAUGGGGAGAUCACUGAUCUCGACCAGACCAGACAGUCCAUUGUGAACUGCUCCAAACUUCCCAUGUCCAUCAUCAUCGUGGGUGUGGGUGAGGCAGACUUUAAGGCCAUGGAGUUUCUUGAUGGGGACAGUGGAGUUCUCAAAUCUGUGACCGGAGAUGCGGCGGUCAGAGAUAUCGUGCAGUUCGUGCCCUUCAAGCAGUUUGCCAGUGCUCCUAAAGAAGCAUUGGCUCAGAGUGUUCUAGCUGAGGUGCCAAAUCAACUGGUGACGUACUUUAAAAUGAGGAAUCUGCUUCCUGUCAACCCCCCUCCACCGACCAAGUAGACACAGGUUUGCAGUGAAGACUGAAACAUGGCCAUCUAAAUGAAAUAGUUACAAGUUAAAUAUAUGGAACACCACUAGAGGGAGCCACAGUUCUGUUAAAGGAAGCAAUGUCGGGUGUUAAGCUCUUACGAAUACCACUUGUAUUCCAUUUGUAUUGCCUUUUUUAUAUAUAUUAUGCAAACAAUUUUCAUUUUCAGUCCUUCAUAGAUUUCUUUUAUCUUCCUAGAUUCCUCAUAUUAUUCUUUUCCAACUG